UGCUUGGCUCUGAAGGAGGCGAAUGGGUACAAAGCCGACCAGGCGGCAGAGGAGUUUUUUCCGCGCCGCGGCUGCGAGCGGCAGGGAAGGCUUUGCUCGAAGGGGCGGUGGAGGAGGAGGAGGAGGAGGAGGAGAUCCAGAAGCCAGACCACCCUAUGGCUCCCUCCGUGGACUGAGUUCCCCCUUGGCUGCCCUUUGCAAGGCUCGCUUUCCUCCUCCUCCCCUUUGGAUGCUCUUCCUCGCGGCUCCUUCUUCUUCUUCUUCUUCUCCUCCUCCCUCCUACUCUUCCUCCCUUCGCCAUGCACCCGGUGCCCAAGGACACCACCUUCACCAAGAUCUUCGUCGGGGGGCUGCCCUACCACACCACCGACGCCUCGCUGAGGAAGUACUUCGAGGGCUUCGGAGACAUCGAGGAAGCCGUCGUGAUCACCGACCGGCAGAGCGGCAAGUCCCGCGGAUACGGAUUCGUGACCAUGGUGGACAGAGCCUCCGCUGAUCGGGCAUGCAAGGAUCCCAAUCCCAUUAUCGACGGCCGGAAAGCAAAUGUCAACCUAGCAUAUUUGGGAGCAAAACCAAGGAGUAUUCAAACCGGUUUUACUUUAGGAGUGCAGCAGUUACAUCCAGCUCUCAUUCAGCGACCUUAUGGGCUUGCACAUCACUUUAUCUACCCUCAAGCGAUUGUUCAGCCGAGUGUGGUCAUCCCAACCCCGGUACAGUCCAUCACUUCUCCGUAUAUAGACUACACGACCGCGAGCCAAGCCUACUCUCAGUUCACCGCUGCUGCCUACGACCAGUACCCCUACGCUGCCUCCCCGGCCACCGGCUUCAUGGGAUACGGCUACACAGGCGCUGUUCAACAACCACUCACAGCUGCCAACCCUCCAGUUGGGGGCCCCACGGCUUUUCUGCAGUAUCAGCCGACACAACUACAGCCUGACCGUAUGCAAUAGAGGCCCUGGCUUCGGACCCUGCCCGCCACCCCUUCUGGGAAGGCUGUUUUUUUUUCUGACCAUGAUGGAAUAGAAUGAUAAAAAGGUGACGUUGAUGGUGGUAGAAAUCUAUAAAAUGAUAUAAGAAAGCAAACUUUUUUUUAAAAAAGCUUUUUAAAACAACCACAACCUUAUUAAGAAGAAUGCAUAGCAAUACCUAAGCUAUUUAUAGUGUUACAGGAAAGGGUUUUUUAAAAAAAUGCAAAAGAGACUUACAUGUGUAUCAGUGAACUUUGGGGUAAGCUCUUUCUCUCUCUCUCUCUCUCUUUUUUAAAACCAAGACAAAUAUUGUUUCAAGGACGGACUAGAAAUGACUUUUUCCCUUCCUAAAAGUGAGUGAAAACUACAGGUUCUGGCACACGUGCAGCUAUCUAGUUCCAUCAAGUAAUCGUUUUCUUUUUCCUGCUAUUGAAGAUGUUCCAUGCGCACCUUCUUAUGCACUGCUUACCCCUUGCGCCCAGCCGCCUUUGAACUCUACAGUUUGAUCAUUCACCCUCUUCACAGAAGGUACUUCGAGAAACAAAGAGGGAAAAGAGCAAAUGCUUUCUCUUUUGGCUUGUAUUAAAACUUUAUGAUACUCAGAUGCCUUACAGGAAAAAAAGAAGAACCUAUUUUUAAUAUUUAUUGUGAUCUCCUUAUUCACAGAAACUGUGAAUUGCAGAUGAAAGAAUAGUAGUAUCUGCCUUGUUUAAUUCUCAACUAAAUUAUUGUAUGUAGAUGGGAAAGGAAGUUGCUAAGUAACUGCUAAAUCACUUUUCAACAUGCAAAAAGGGAAUAUUAGCUUUAAGGACGGUGGAAUAUUCCUUCAGUCAACGCACUGUAAUUUUUUUUUCUUAUUGUUCAUUGUUACUCUUAAGAUUAUCUCAAAAAGUUUUAGGUAUAUUUUUAAAGCAAAGAAGAAGAAGAAAAAGAAUAUUGAACUUAUUGUCUACUUUGAUAGAUCUUUUGUCUUAUAAUGCUGCAAAGUCUAGAGAAAAUUUUACAGUAUUUAUAUAAAAGUAAAAUGGGGUCAUGGGCCAGCCAUGCGUAGGAAGAAUGCCAGGAAUGGAGCAGAGUUCUACAAUGGUGUUACGCACGUAACAAAAGCGUUUAAAAACUGAAAAAAAAAAAUCAACAGCCUGGUGGUACAAACCACUACGUAAAAGACAGUGUAUGCUCUAAGUGCAUUUUUACAAAGAAGAGCAAUAAACUAUUUUGAUUUUUAAA